CGUCAACUAACCGUAUUCAAUUGGUUUCGUCAACUACAGUAAACGUGAAUUGGACCAGAGGCAUUCGACGCACCAUGAGUAACAAACCAAACAACAACGAGCGCACGCCGCUGCUCAACGGCCUCAACGGCGAGAGCUCCAAUGGCAACCAUAAUCACAUUCUUGAUCGUGGCCGCGAGCGCUCAGCGGCCUUCCAGUUCUUCUUCGAUUCGAAACACACGCCAGGCAAUGACAGCGACAACUUCGUCGUCCGCAGCCUCGCCUAUACCUGGCAUGUCACCAAGGUGACUCUCCUUAGCAACUAUGUCAACUUCCUACUCAUCAUGGUCCCUAUCGGUAUUGCUGCUGGUCGCCUUGGCUGGAACUCAACCGCCGUUUUCACCAUCAACUUCUUUGCCAUCAUUCCGCUUGCUGCCGUCUUGUCCUUUGCGACUGAGGAAAUAUCUCUCAAGCUCGGUGAGACUCUAGGUGGACUGCUAAACGCUACUUUUGGAAAUGCUGUUGAGUUGAUUGUCAGCAUUGUGGCUCUUCGAGACAAUCAGAUCGAGGUUGUGCAGUCGUCUAUGCUCGGAUCCAUUCUUUCAAACUUGUUGCUGGUCAUGGGAAUGUGCUUCUUAUUUGGUGGUCUUCGACACCGUGGUUCAACGGGAGCUGGUACGGAACAGACUUUCUCGUCCGCUGUUGCGCAGACUACCUGCUCUCUCAUGGCUCUCUCCUCUGCUUCCCUGGUAAUUCCCGCUGCGCUGUACGGCGUUCUCGACCAGAAGCAGACUGAUAACGGCGACAAAGACCGCAGUAUUCUGGUUCUUUCUCGUGGCACUGCCAUCAUCCUGCUAGUUCUGUACGCCAUGUACCUCAUUUUCCAGCUUCGUACGCACAGCAAUCUUUUCGAUGCCGAAAGCCAAGUUGGGGAGGAUGAAGAGCCCGAAGAGCCUACUCUGGGUCCAAUUGCUGCUACUGCAGUUCUUGUCGUUGUAACCAUUCUUGUCGCCGUCUGUGCCGAUUACUUGGUUGGAAGCAUCGAUGAUCUCGUCGAAAGCGCAAAUAUCAGCAAAGCAUUUAUCGGUUUGAUCCUAAUCCCCAUUGUUGGAAAUGCUGCGGAGCACGUUACUGCUGUAGUCGUCGCUCUACGCAACAAGAUGGACUUGGCCAUGGGCGUGGCAAUUGGCUCCAGCAUUCAGAUUGCGUUGGGCGUCACUCCAUUCCUCGUUAUUGUCGGGUGGAUUAUUGGACGUGACAUGACGCUCCACUUCGAGACUUUCGAGACUGUUGCCUUUGCCGUCUCCGUUUUGGUUGUCACUUAUACUGUUCAGGAUGGCAAAUCGAACUAUCUCGAAGGUGCUAUGCUUCUCGGCCUCUACAUCAUCAUUGCUGUUGCUUUCUUCGCUACGCCAGGCGACUUCUUGGAUAAGGCGACGGACCUCAUCAGUGGCAGCAACUAAGUACGGCUGAAUGACGCCGACGAUGAUUACACGAGUCGAACUCUACCUCUGGUCGAAGAUGACAUUGAUUCGACCAUAAAAGUACGAACAUAGCAUUGACACUAUGAACAACUCGAUAGCAUCCCUCUCUCUUAUGUUAUGGACGAGUGCGGGCCUUGUUGACUGAAACAAGAACCCUCGGAUCGAGAUCACCACUGGCUAAGCCAGCCUUUUUCCUAUCCUUGUACUAUUAUUUCAUGUGUUGUACUGAAUUCCGAGGAUCACAAAUUUGAAGACAUUGCAGGGGAAGACUGAGAAUCAGAGAGCAUUGCUAGAUGCGUAGGAUCAAAAUGUGGGUCCCAAGGUAGCGGUGGUCGCUUUGAUUUUUUCUUUUGCUGCUUUCCUUUUCUUUCUGUCAGAUUUAUGGGGAAACAAACGGACAAAAUGAUGGCGUUGAAUCGUGUUUGUAUUGAUAAUUCUAAUGAUACCUCUG